UAUAUGAUGACCAACCAAAUGCACAUCAGAAGUUUAUGGAAAAACUAGAUGCCUGCAUACGUAACCAUGACAGGGAGAUAGAAAAGAUGUGCAAUUUUCACCAUCAGGGCUUUGUGGAUGCUAUUACAGAACUUCUUAAAGUUAGGGCUGAUGCAGAAAAAUUAAAGGUCCAAGUUACUGAUACCAACCGAAGGCUUCAGGAUGCUGGGAAAGAGGUGAUAUCCCAAACAGAGGAAAUAAUCCGAUGUAGAGUCCAGCAACGGAAUAUAACAACCGUUGUGGAAAAACUACAAUUGUGUCUUCCAGUGCUGGAAAUGUACAGCAAACUAAAAGAACAGAUGAAUGUAAAAAGGUAUUAUUCUGCUUUAAAAACAAUGGAACAGCUAGAAAAUCUGUAUCUUCCUAGAGUUAGCCAGUACCGGUUUUGCCAGAUAAUGAUAGAAAAUCUUCCAAAACUGCGUGAAGAAAUAAAAGAAAUAUCCAUGUCAGAUCUCAAGGAUUUCUUAGAGAGUAUUCGAAAGCAUUCUGACAGAAUUGGGGAAACUGCCAUGAAGCAGGCACAGCAGCAGAAAACUUUUAGUACCACUCUUCAGAAACAGAAUCAUGUAAACUAUGGUCGGAAUAUGCAUUUAGGUAGAAGCAGAAUUUUAGAAUCCAAGAGUGAAAUCACAUUGAAGCGAACGUUUGAAGAAGAUGAUGAACAUGAAGAAGAGAUUUUAACUGCCCAAGAUCUUGUAGACUUUUCUCCAGUCUAUAGGUGUUUACACAUCUACUCAGUUCUGGGUGAUGGAGAAAUAUUUGAAAAUUACUACAGAAAACAAAGAAGGAAACAAGCAAGAUUAGUUCUGCAGCCACAGUCAAGCAUGCAUGAAACAGUAGAAGGCUAUAGAAGAUACUUCAGUCAAAUUGUAGGUUUCUUUGUAGUAGAAGACCACAUUUUACAUGUAACCCAAGGAUUGGUAACGAGAACAUAUACCGAUGAACUCUGGAACAUGGCCCUUUCCAAGAUCAUUGCUGUUCUUAGAACACAUUCAUCAUAUUGCAAUGAUCCUGACCUUGUUCUGGAACUGAAGAAUCUUAUUGUAGUAUUUGCUGAUACUUUGCAGGGUUAUGGUUUUCCUGUGAAUCGACUAUUUGAUCUUUUAUUUGAGAUUAGAGACCAGUACAAUGAAACACUUCUUAAAAAGUGGUCUGGAUUGUUCAGGGAUAUUUUUGAAGCAGACAACUACGGCCCUAUUCCUGUAGCAAAUGAGAAGGAAUACAAAAUAGUUAUAAGCAAAUUUCCUUUUCAAGAUCCAGAACUGGAUAAGCAGUCCUUUCCAAAGAAGCUUCCAAUGUCUCAGUCAGUGCCUCAGAUUUAUAUCCAGGUUAAGGAAUUUAUUUAUGCAAGCCUUAAAUUUUCAGAAUCACUUCACCGCAGCUCAACAGAAAUAGAUGAUAUGCUCAGAAAAUCUACAAAUUUGCUGCUUACAAGAACUCUAAGUAGUUGUUUACAGAACCUAAUUAAAAAACCUCAUAUAGGUUUAACAGAGCUUGUUCAGAUCAUCAUAAACACGACACACCUGGAACAAGCCUGUAAAUACCUUGAGGAUUUUAUAUCUAACAUUACAAAUAUUUCACAAGUGACUGUUCACACAGCAAGACUUUAUGGACUUUCUACAUUUAAGGAUGCAAGGCAUGCUGCAGAAGGAGAAAUAUAUACAAAACUUAACCAAAAAAUAGAUGAAUUUAUUCAGAUUGCUGACUAUGAUUGGACAAUGUCUGAAUCAGAUGGAAGAGCCAGUGGAUACUUAAUGGACCUUAUUAACUUUUUAAGAAGCACAUUUCAAGUUUUUACUCAUUUACCU